GGGGCGGCCUGGCGGUGUGACGGGAGUGCGCGCGCUCGGCCGGCCCCGGUCCCGCCCAGCGCCUGCUGCUCGCCGGCGGCCGCGAGGCCUCGGUAGAGGUCCUUGGGAUUCCGAGGACCCGGGUCGGACCCGCUGCGCUCGGCCCCGGGGGACGGAGGACUCGGGGAAAGGCCCCCCGAGAUGACAGCGGGCUUGUGAGCUCCCGGGGCCGAGCCUGGACGUGCGGGGUCCCGCAGACCUCGGGAGGGGCGUUGCUGGAAACUUGGAGGAGGAGUGAGGUGCAAAGGUUAGGGAUAAGCAGCAGCAAGGCGAAGAAUGCCUUCCGAGAGCAUGCGGAAGGACGGUGCGCCCGGAUCGCCACCGGCCAAGGGGGAAAAAAGCCAGACACCUUGUCCAUAGAUGGCACACGAGGCGGAGCGCCAGCCCCUCGGUGUGUUUGAGUGCCAGCUCUGCUCCCUGACGGCUCCGUACAGCUACGUGGGGCAGAAGCCCCCCAACACCCAGGCUAUCAUCCUCUUGGAGGAGAGCUUCGUCACCAAGGACCCCUUCACCCCUGACAAGGGCAGAUUCCUGGUCCUGGGCUCCAGGUGCAGCGUCUGCGGCCGGCUGGUGUGUGUGGGCCCGGAAUGCAGCCUGUUCUACUCCAAGAGAUUCUGCCUCCCUUGUGUCCAGGAGAACGUCCACGCCUUCCCUCAGGAAAUUCGGCUCGACUUGGAGAAAAGGAAAGUUCCAUCGAAGAGGCCGGCCAGCCAGCCCAGCACUCAGGCCUGAGCGCAGCCUCGGUGGCCCAGGCCGGCGCGGGCUGAGCUGGGAGCCCACUACGUGCUGGCCCUGACUGCGGGCGGGCUGGAGCCGCAGGGUGGCGGGGUCCCGCCUGCAGCAGCAGCAGGAGGGCAGGGCUGCGUGGCUCAGAGCUGGGGUGGGGCAGGAGCGGAAGGGAGCUGAGGCCAGGCCUGUGGGGUCCCUCGCUCCCCCCAGGGCGCCGCCUCCCCGCAAGGUCGUCCCUGGGCUGCUCCUGCUCGCACCUGGUGGACCCGCAGCCCCACGUGCCCUCCGUGCGAUGGGCCCGAUCCAGGACUUGGCCGCGCGCGCCGGACCAGUGUGGGCCCUGCAGCCCCAGUAGCCGUGGGCGCGAAGACGGGCGGUCUCGGAGUCACCCCGGUGCUCUGCAGGUUGCCUGUUGGUGCUCCCAGCCCCUUCUGUUCCCUGCGGCUCCUUCCCGCUCCAGGCCCAGCUCCACGUGGGCCCAGAUGGACUUCCCUCCCGCCCGGCUCCAUCAUCCCCUGCUCCACAGUCUGCUGGCGGCAGCGCCCCCCCCCGCCCCCCAGCGGUGCGGUAUGCCGGACUAUGAGCAGCCCUCCGCCGCGGCCCGUUUCCUUGUGCCUUUGCUGCGGAGCCGCCGAGCCCGCCCGGGGGAGUGUGAGAAGCGGGCAGGGGAGAGGGAAUAAAGAGCCGCUGCUGAG